GACUCAAAGUAAAACAUCAUUUGCUAAAAAUGAAGAAGCGAAAGAAGCAAAGAAUCUUCACUUCAUCGGGCGACAAAAGAAAGCCGCAAACCGGAGGGUCUGUCACUUGAGAUAAGUUUUCUCCGCGGCUAUCCUGCCCGGCUAAUGCAAACACGUGUUGGCAGUUUUCCGUGUUUCGUGACAAGCAUCUAAUUAGCCUUGGGAACUUGAUAGGACGAAAGGAGCUAGCAGCUACGACGUUUCUCGCGUGGCGCAGUUAAGGUCACUACCGAAGCGCUGUGUCAAUCUCGCUGCGACGACGGCGCUCAGGCGACUUCGACAUUAUUGGACUGGGUGGCAAAGUCGGUGACUCUUCAUCGGAAUGUCGGUCGAUGAAUCGCUGCGCUGCAACUUCCUGUCGUGCCGCAAGUCGCUAAACUUGGAUGACAUCUUCUGUUUUGAUUGCGCCAAUCAGCUCUUCUCUGGCACAAAGACUUGUCCCGCGUGCGAGACCUACCUGGGCGGCAAUGACGAAUUGGCUCUAACGGAGCUUUGCUAUUCGGCAGACCGGAAGACGGUGAUCCAAAUGACUCUUCUUUACUUCUCGGCUCGUACUCACCGCGAGUGGCUGAUCUCGGCAGACCCUCUUGGCCGGAGUCACACCUCCCGUCGUUAUGUGAGAAUGGAGAUAUGCUCGCGCGCAAUCUCCUUCUAUCAGUAUCAAUCAAUGCAGGAGGCCGCCUUUCAGCGCAUGAUCCUUAAGAAUGCCCAGGAGAGGGCGGCGGUACUUGAGACGAGGAUCGAAAACAUCGUGGCGGAAGCCAACAAUGAGGUCAAAAACUUGCAGAACACCAUCUUAUCUUUCAAGACGGAUCUGGAAGUGGAAAAAGAGAAGAAUCACAAUCUUUCCAGCGCAUUGCGCACUUCGAAGGCCGACUACGAUCGACUCAAAGCCCAAUGGGACAGUAAUUUGCGCAAGUCUCUCAAUCCGGGCACUUCGCAGGGUGCGAAAUUAUACGAUGCUGCGGCGGCUGCCAGCUUUAGCGGACAAUCGAGACCUUUCGUCCACAACGGCAUGGGAAACGGAAGUAUCCACUCAAGCGCGACGUUCAGCUCCAAGUCCAAACACAUGGGAGAUUCCCGUCCUAUCUGGCAAGCUCAGCUCAAUGAUGCCGCUGGAGGCGUGGCUGCGGCAAUGGCGACCCCGUCGCAUCACUCUCGAGCUUCUCCGAGGGUAAAACCGAGCUUCGGAAAGACGCAUGUACAGACGAAGUCAGGCGGAAGCCAGCCUUUCGUCGCGGGGAGGACGACCGGUAGCCCUUCUCCUCGCUCUCAGCACUCAUUUCUUCCAUCGCAUGUGAGCAAUGACACGCCUUCGAUUGCGCAACACAACGAGUAUUCUGCUACUGGAACAUGGAAAGCGCGUUCUCCGCCAAGCCUCAGCCGACGGAUGACUCAUGAGACACACGAGACUGACUCCCAUGGCCGUGCGAACGUCGAUGGCCUCUUAACGCCUCGUCAACACCGUGCGAGCGCAGGGCUGUCUCGGAGUGUGGGAAGGGAUGCGGAACAAUUAGCCUCCACACCUCGUCCAGCAAUCUCCGCCAUGCCUCUUCCAACUCCGCGCAAGAACGCCACUCCUGACGUGGCAGUCGCUGGCUUGUCUGCGCGCGAUCACAACAGCCACGGUCGGGUGCUUACGUCGGGCCGCGAGGACCAUGAAAUCGCAGAGGCUAGGCGUGCCGGAACACCUGCCCACAAUUCUUUCCGGUUCGCUCCAGCGUCGUGAAUAUGCCCAAGUUCUUCAAGAAGGCCGACUCCCAUUUCACUCACUCGCAACAAAAGAUCUUUCACUCACCACCUGUCGGAGCAGACAAACAUCACGACCCGAAGACCAGGAGAAAACACCCUACUUUGACAUCUAGAAACAAAGCAAAUGACAAAUCUCGAUCCAGAUUCAGCAUGAUA